AUUCAUUGUUUCAAGCCUUCAAUUUAAAAGCGCAUUUUGAACAAUAUUUAAGUAAAUAUGUUUGCACAACUACAACAUACGCCUUCGACCACAGCAUACUUGCUUCUUCCACUUGUCUUCGCCAGUUGGCUGCAAGGUGUACAUUGUCGACCCUCUAGCAGCUACACCACCGACGGCACUGAGCUGGUGGUUGUCAAAGAAAUUGUACGCUGCACUCGGCAAGGCCUUCAUGAACUCUGUCAGAAUGUCACAUCAGGAAAUGACGAAGAACCUAAUGGCGGUAAUGAGUCAAUGAUGGACAUUGUGGAUGACUUGAUUUUAUUAGAAAAGAGACCAAAACAACAUCAACAGCAACAACGACAGCAACAAAGGAAAGAUAAUCAUCAUCCCUACGAAGCAUAUCAACAACAAAGUGAAUUGUUAACAUCCGCCGCCGCGCGGGAAGACUCAUUAGUUGCUGCCGCCGCAGCUGCACCGGCUAUUGGUGAUCCUUCCGAUUCCACAGCGCUGGGAAGCUCAUAUCAACAGGACACCUUUGAUUCGGAUAGCGAUAGUAAUGCGGACGGCGCUGAGGGCUCUGAUGCGACUAACGUCAAAACAACGGAUGUGGAUGCCGUUAAUGCUGCCGCAGCCGAUGAAAUUAUUGCUGAUGGCGUCUUAUUUCACGGUGUGCUAAUGCGUCUCGCCGAUGGGCCACACACGGUGCCGCAGCCGGUGCCGCCCAUUGACAUGAGCGCUUUCGUGUCACUAAUACCGGCCGAAGAGGUUAAAUCGAUUGCCACCAAUUACUACAACAAUGAUGCGGAAGUGCGCCGUGCCUACGCCUAUCUGAGUGGAUCCGACUUUAUUGCGCUGCGGCAACGCAUUGUCGACUCACCGGAGGUAGGAGCCUUUUUACAGUAUUUAAAUGUGAGUGGGCUUGAUGUGUUGAAGUUUGUGUCUGCCAUUGCAAAUUUGACGACGCUGGACAGUGGCAAUGCGCGUAGCGUCGACAAGUCAAUUGAAGUGAACAGCCGAAGCGGCGAGGCAGAGCAACAGCAGCAGAGGUUGGGAGCGAAUGAAAUAUCUGUUGGAGAACAGAAUGUGUCACCUACCUCUAAGUCACUCUCAACAACCUUCACAGAAGCAGGAACUCAAGUUGCAACAACAACAGCGGUUGAACCCAUAACGCUGCAAGGCGAACAACUCAACGGGUUGCAUGGGCUGGUGGAUAGUAUUUUGGAAAUUUUACCACAAGAUCAAAUUCUAGCCACUUUCUUUGACAAACUCGAAUCGGAUGAGAGUUUUCGAAAAUUCGUUAACAAUAUACAAAGACCGUCGUUCGCGCAGAUACUCAGCAAAAUGGAGCAAUCAAUGGCUUUGAGAAAUUUAAUUUUCACUUUACACAACAACGGUAUUUACAUAACGCGAAUUGUCGACUCACUCAAGGCAUAUUUCUUUCUCGGCGGCUUUUCAUAGAUCGACCGACCCAAUUAGUCAGAGAAAAGGUACACAAAAAUAAAAAGCUAAUGUUGGGUAGACCGAAAUCGAGGGCGCUACAUAAGGAGAAGGAGAGAGAGGAGACUGCGCAACUAAUUGGAUGGAGAGAAGAAUUAUUGGGUGUCCCAAAGUUAAAGCAAGAUUUGAGUUAAAUAAAAAACACAGCCUUUAGUGAUUUUUCAUUGAAUCAUAAAAUACAUGCAAAUCUUGCGUUAAUUUUGGGACACCCUAUAUAAGAUGUUUAAUAAGUAGAAGAUGAAGAGUUGUAGUCGACAAGAACUAUGCGAAGGUAAAAAGGGUAAUAACAGAAGAAAUGGAGAAACACGAAAAACAGUAAUGUUAAAAAAUGUAUAAAAUAAAAUUCAUUAGAUGUACAAAAGUAUAACGAUGUUUAUAGUGAUUUUUUUUUCAUUUCGCUUCGUGCAUUUCAUUUUCCAUUUAAUUCACUUUAUUGCUCCGAAAUCUCUCAGACAUGCAUGCUAACGCCAAGUGUACGGCACCUGAAAGCGAUAUCAAAUCAUAACAACAAUUUGUGCAGAUAAAUUUUUAUACGCAACGGGUGAGAGCUGCAGGCAACAGCGUUGCAAUAAAAUCAAAUAAUCACAAAAAUUGCUGGACGAGUAAAUAUACGUGUAUAUAUAUACUCGUACAUACGAAUUUGAGCAGGUUUUGUGGUCCCUUGUCCUCCAUUUCUGCCGCCAAUCAAGCGCAUUUAGGAAGCAAAUGAACAACAACAAUGAUAAACCGAAGUAAAAAUGGAAAAAAGAUAAAACGAUUUGUGAAAUAUUAAAAAGAUUGAAAGGCGAGUUUAUGUGCGCGAUUGGGGUGAGUGGCUAAUGGCUGCCGAAUGACGGCUGGCGAAGGCGUAGAAAAGCCAGCAAGAAACAUCUCAUCCACAAAAAAUGGGGCGCACAGAAUGGAAAGUGUUUCUUUGUUUCGCCUUUUAUAAUAAUUUUAUUCGUAUGAUUGCACUUUUAUGGCAGCGAAAUUAUGAAAAGUAGCUAAUAUUUGCCUUUUGUUGGCCUUUUUGAAUCUGCAGUGCAGUUUGGGGCCGACCCUUAAAUGGCGGCAUUUUGGCAAAUUGGCUUUUCAAUUUAGAUAUUUCUUAUUUAUUUGCCCAGGUGUGUGUAUGUUAUGCAUAUUUUAAUGUUCAAAAAUGGAAUUGAUUUGGAUGGCAGUCUGAAUGUUAAGCUGCUUAUUGUUAAAAAAAAUUUAGCCAAUUAAAUAUGCUCAUGAGAAAAUCGGAAACAAUUUUAAAAUCUGCCGAAGAAAACAUUUUUAA